CGAUUUUUGUAUCCCUAAAAGCAACAAGCAAGCCUAUUCUGGCACGUGUAGUUAAACGAAAAGGAUACAACAAUAGAUUAAAUUUCGCACAAAAAUAGGAUAUAAUCCCAUAAGCGUGCAAUUGGUAGCCAGAUAUUUGUACGAGACAGGGAGGCGUACAAGUGUAUAGUGGUGUAGGGCGACGGUGAAAAUUGUUUAGACGACGCCAGCAGCACAAAAAGUAAAAACAUUGACAUGUUUUAUUUAAUUGGUUUGGGCUUAGGAGAUCCCAAGGACAUUACAGUGAAAGGCCUUGAAAUUGUAAAACAAUGUAGUCGUGUAUAUUUGGAAAUGUAUACAUCAAUAUUGGGCUGUCCCAAAGAGGAAUUGGAAGCAUUUUAUGGGCGUCCAGUAUUAUUGGCCGAUCGUGACCUUGUCGAACAGGGUGCUGAUGAAAUAUUAGCUGGCUCUGCAGAGGAAGAUGUGGCAUUAUUGGUUGUAGGAGAUCCCUUUGGCGCCACCACGCACACUGAUUUCAUAUUAAGAGCCAAAGAAAAGAAAAUACCCUAUAAAGUGAUACACAAUGCCUCCAUUAUGAAUGCCAUCGGUUGUUGUGGCCUUCAGCUUUACAAAUUUGGCGAAACUGUAUCUAUUCCCUAUUGGGAUGAAACCUGGAAACCUGAUAGUUUUUAUGAUAAAAUUAAGCUGAAUCGUUUGCACAAUAUGCACACGUUGUGUCUGCUGGAUAUCAAGGUCAAAGAACCCACACUUGAAUCGUUAAUGCGGGGGAGAAAGGAAUAUAUGCCACCUCGUUUUAUGACAGUGGCCGAAGCCGCACAGCAGCUACUGGCCAUUGUCGACAAGAAGGAUGCCUUGGAGCGCAAUACUAUACUUAACGACCAAUCUUUGUGUGUCGGUUUGGCUCGUGUCGGUCAUGACAAUCAACAAAUUGUGGUUAGGACGCUACGAGACAUGGCUACCACCGAUAUGGGAGGACCAUUGCACUCUGUUGUUAUACCUGCCAAAGAAAUGCAUCCCUUGGAGGUGGAAUUCUUACAACAGUUCGCUGGUACGCUUAAAUUAGAGGAUUACAAUCAUUAGACAACUUCAGGUCAACACAGAAACAAAAAUUGCCAAAAAGAAAACAAAUCUCAUUUCGGCGAAGAAAGCGUGGGAAGAGUGUUGAGAGAUAGUUUACAACUUUAAAGGUUUUAAUAUACAUAAGUAUACGUAAGAGAAAAGUUAGUUUUUAGGAUGAACCUGUCUUCUGCACAUUAAAAUAGAUAUCAGCUCGUAUUUGUUUUGUACAGGUUCAAUGUAGACUUACCACAAAAUUUCGCUAUAAUAAACAAAAACCUUGUUGAUAUACCUGCUCACCUCUCUACGUGUAUCUGAUAGUUUGUA